AUGUUCAUGUUGCUUGUGUUUGGAUUGGUACUGCAAGAAAUUCUGGCAAAUUCCCAAACUGAAAACCUUACUGAAUUCAGAAACAUUCCAGAAGAGCCAUUAUAUAGCUACAAAGCCAUCAACUUGCCAGAUGAGCAUAUUUCAUACUUUCUGCACAAUAACCAGCAUAUUGCUGGCAUCUGUAAGCAGGACUCUCACUGCCCAUAUAAAAAAUACUUGAAGAAUCUGAAAUCCUGCUGGGGUUAUGAGAAAUCUUGCAAACCAGAUUACAGGUUCAGUUACCCAGUGUGUGAUUAUGUUGAAACUGGAUGGGCAAGUGACAUUGAGACAGCCCAGCAGAUAUUCUGGAAACAAGCUGACUUUGGUUACAUUCAAGAGAGACUCAGUGAAAUGAAAACCCAUUGUAAGCCUGCAGCAACGGGAGAUUCAUCUCUGACCUGUUCUCGGUACCUUCAGCACUGCAGAGCAACAAACCUCUACAUUGAUUUACGAACAGUGAAGAGAAACCAUGACAGAUUCAAAGAAGACUUUUUCCAGAAGGGAGAGAUUGGAGGUCAUUGCACUCUUGAUGUCCAAGCAUUUUUGGCUGAAGGUCAACGCAAGAGCCCCCUGCAGUCGUGGUUUGCAGAACUCCAGACAUUUACUGCGUUGAACUUCAGGCCCCUAGAAGAUGAGAAGUGUGAUGUUGUUAUUGAAAAGCCAACAUACUUCAUGAAAUUAGAUGCAGGUGUUAAUAUGUACCAUCACUUCUGUGAUUUCGUCAAUCUUUAUAUUACACAGCAUAUUAAUAACUCCUUCAGUACUGAUGUCAACAUUGUCAUGUGGGACACUAGCUCAUAUGGCUAUGGUGACCUCUUCAGUGAGACAUGGAAGGCAUUUACUGACUAUGAAAUAAUACACUUGAAAACCUUUGAUUCUAAAAGGGUGUGCUUUAAAGAAGCAGUCUUCUCAUUACUGCCUCGGAUGCGUUAUGGCUUGUUUUAUAACACACCACUGAUCUCUGGCUGUCGUGGUACAGGGCUCUUUAGAGCAUUUUCUCAACAUGUAUUACACAGAUUAAAUAUCACACAAGAAGGACCCAAGGAUGGGAAAAUUCGAGUCACCAUCCUCGCACGCAGUACAGACUACAGGAAAAUAUUAAACCAGAAUGAGCUGGUGAAUGCUUUAAAAACUGUGUCGACAUUGGAGGUCAGAGUGGUAGACUACAAAUACAAGGAACUUGAAUUUUCAGAGCAAUUGAGAAUCACCCACAACUCUGAUAUAUUCAUUGGGAUGCAUGGAGCUGGACUUACCCAUUUGCUCUUUCUACCAGACUGGGCUGUUGUUUUUGAACUGUACAACUGUGAAGAUGAACGUUGCUACCUGGACCUGGCAAGGCUGAGAGGCAUCCACUACAUCACCUGGCGGAAAAGGAACAAAGUGUUCCCUCAAGAUCAGGGACACCACCCAACACUGGGAGAACAUCCAAAAUUUACAAACUACUCCUUUGAUGUGGAAGAAUUUAUGUACUUGGUGCUUCUGGCUGCAAAUCAUGUUUCACAGCAUUCCAAGUGGCCAUUUAGGGUAAAACAUGAUGAAUUCUAA